UGUGUUAACUCUGUUAUUUGGAUGGAUCCAGAUGUGGAGUUCCUGCGCUCGGUCAUGCCUCCGGCCACCGAUCCCGCCUUCUUCGAGUUCCUGCGGAGCCUGGACUGCUCGGGCGUCACGCUCCGCUCCGUCCCAGAGGGCACCGUGGUGUUUGCCAGGGUGCCACUGAUGGAGGUGGCAGGUCCGCUCGCUGUGGUUCAACUGCUGGAGACCAGUUUACUGUGUCUGGUGAACUACGCCAGCCUGGUUUGUAGUAACGCCGCCCGGUUCCGCCUGGCCGCCGGCCCCCGGAGGAAGCUGCUGGAGAUGGGCCUCAGACGAGCUCAGGGGCCCGACGGAGGACUCACCGCCUCACGAUACACGUACAUCGGAGGGUUUGAUCUCACCAGCAACGUUCAGGCUGGUUUCCUGUUCGGGAUCCCCGUCGCAGGGACCAUGGCUCACUCCUACGUCACCUCCUUCACCUCCCUGGAGGAGGUGUGGCCACAAACCCUGGUGGCGGCGAGCGGGGAUCCUGACCCGGUGGACGUCAUCUCUCUGACAAAGGGCUGGUUGACCCGCGUGUGCGAGCUUCUCGGAGCAGCGCCCGGGAAGAUCAGAGAGGGCGAGUUGGCCGCGUUUUUGUCCUACGCCAUCGCCUACCCUCAGAACUUCCUCCCUGUGAUUGACAGCUACAGCGUGGGCUGUAGCGGCCUGUUGAACUUCUGUGCCGUGGCCUUGGCGCUGUGUGAACUGGGCUACAGGCCUGUGGGAGUUCGUCUGGACAGCGGCGACCUCUGCAGGCAGUCGGUGGACGUCCGUCGUGUCUUCAGACUCUGCAGCGAGCAUUUCUCCGUCCCUGCUUUUCAUUCACUGAACAUCGUCGGGACCAAUAACAUCUCAGAGCAAAGCAUGGUCGAGCUCAACAAGAAGGAGAACGAGAUCGACGUGGUCGGUGUCGGGACUCAUCUCGUCACCUGCACAAAACAACCCUCGCUGGGCUGCGUGUACAAGGUCAUUUAA